AGCAGGGAGCGAAGGAGCAAAGAGACUGAAACAGGGAAGGAGAAAAAGCCAAUUAACGAUGCAUAACUGCUGUUGCAGCUGUAGGCAAAGGAAGUUCAAAUCUGUGGGGACCUCUGAUAAGUCUACAGGAUGCUGCCCAGAAUUGCCUUCCCCAAAAGAAGGAGACUGGAGCAUGUAUCCACCAGCUCCUGUUUCAUCUUAGGGAUGAAAGGGUUUAAUCUUAGAGAACUUAACUCUCCUAUGCUUCUGGGAAACACUAGCAGGCAAAUAAGUGACUCCUAAAGCCGUUGAAGAAGACCCUGAGGCAAAACGCAAAAAGCAACAUGAUAUAAGCUUGAGGUGAGACACUAGAGCAUAAGGCGGUUCUCGGCUGCUCCCUGUGAGCCCGUGGACGCCACUCGAGAUGUCCCCUUUUGAUGGCUGGGGACUGCUCUCGGCCUUCCUCGCCCUGCUCUGCUGCACAGGGUCUGGUGAGGAGGCGUUCGAGGUACGCAUGUGGCCAGGGCAGCUGAUGGUGGAGUCCGGGGAGUCUCGGGUGAUUAACUGUAGUACCACCUGUACCCAGCCCAACACCGGUGGUCUGGAGACCACCCUACACAAGACUCUCCUGGAGGAACAGGAUCAGUGGAAGCUGUAUGAGGUCUUCAACAUCUCCCAGGACACAGAUGUCAUUUGCCAUUUCACCUGCUCCGGGAAGCAGGAGUCCAAGAGUCUGAACAUCAGUGUGUUCCACCCUCCAAAGCAAGUGCUGCUGAAGUUAUGGCCCACUUUAGUGGCUGUAGGGAGAUCAUUCACCAUCCAGUGCAGGGUGCCCUCUGUGGCACCCCUCGAAGGUCUCACUGUCACCCUGCUCCAUGGCAGUGAGAUCGUAUACAGCCAGACCUUUGUGGGGACAACACUUUCCCCCCAAGAGGCCAUGGUCACCCACAACACCACGGCUCACAGGGAAGACGACCGCCACAACUUCUCCUGCCGGGCCGAGAUGGACCUGCGCUCUCGCGGCGGGGACCUCGUUCACAGCGUCUCAGAUCCCCAGGCGCUCGACGUCUAUGAGCCCGCACAAGACAACCAGGUGGUGGCCAUCAUCACGGUCGUGUCAGUGCUACUCUUCUUGUUUGUGACAUCUGUCCUGCUGUGCUUUGUCUUUGGGCAGCAGUGGCACCAGAGGCGGACAGGUACCUAUGGGGUGCAAGCUGCUUGGAGGAGGCUGAGGUGGGUCUACCGGGCAUAGCCUACGUGAGCGGCGUGGCCACCAGCACGGCGGCCACUGGGACUCAGCAUGGCUCCUUAGGGCUGUGGUUCAGCCCUGGCUGAAGGACCACGACAAGCAGCAGAGGACGUCAGGGACCCUCCCUUUCCUAGUCUGAAUACAAACACCUGGACUUAA